UUCGUUUAGGAAAAGGCGGGCACUUCCGGGUUGCAGUAUAAACCCGAGGCCUGCGCGUGUAACUGGAACAUCUUUCCUCCUUGUGCUCCGGGUUUAUUCACAGUAAAGCAUGGCAGAGACCGACGUCGAUAAUGAGCUGUUGGACUACGAGGAGGACGAGGAGCCUCAGGGAGUCCCGGAGAGCAUCACUCCGAUCGGGAAGAAGGAGGUGAAGGGUUCCUACGUGUCCAUCCACAGCUCUGGCUUCAGGGACUUCCUGCUGAAACCGGAGCUCCUGAGGGCCAUCGUGGACUGUGGCUUCGAGCAUCCGUCAGAAGUGCAGCACGAGUGUAUCCCACAGGCCAUCCUGGGUAUGGACAUUCUGUGCCAGGCGAAGUCCGGUAUGGGGAAAACAGCGGUGUUUGUUCUCGCCACACUGCAGCAGAUCGAACCUGUAGACGGACAGGUGUCGGUGCUGGUGAUGUGUCACACACGUGAGCUGGCCUUCCAAAUCAGCAAGGAGUAUGAACGCUUCUCAAAGUACAUGCCUACAGUGAAAGUGGCCGUGUUCUUCGGCGGCCUUCCCAUAAAGAAGGAUGAGGAGGUGCUGAAGAAGAACUGCCCGCACAUCGUGGUGGGAACACCGGGCCGCAUCCUCGCCCUCGUUCGCAACAAAACCCUAAGCCUCAAAAACGUCAAACACUUCGUCCUGGACGAGUGCGACAAGAUGCUGGAGCAUCUCGAUAUGAGGCGUGACGUGCAGGACAUCUUCAGACUCACCCCUCACGAGAAACAGUGUAUGAUGUUUAGCGCCACCCUGAGUAAGGAGAUCCGGCCGGUGUGCCGCAAGUUCAUGCAGGACCCGAUGGAGGUGUUUGUUGACGACGAGACGAAGCUGACUCUGCACGGCCUGCAGCAAUACUACUGCAAACUGAAGGACAGCGAGAAGAACCGCAAGCUCUUCGACCUGCUUGACGUCCUCGAGUUCAACCAGGUGGUGAUCUUCGUGAAGUCAGUGCAGCGAUGUGUCGCGCUCUCUCAGCUGCUGGUGGAGCAGAACUUCCCGGCCAUCGCCAUCCACCGAGGCAUGGCUCAGGAGGAGAGGCUGUCACGCUACCAGCAGUUUAAGGACUUCCAGAGGAGGAUCCUGGUAGCCACAAACCUGUUUGGCCGAGGAAUGGACAUCGAGAGGGUCAACAUCGUCUUCAAUUAUGACAUGCCUGAGGACUCUGACACGUACCUGCACAGGGUCGCCCGUGCCGGUCGUUUCGGAACUAAAGGUCUAGCCGUAACCUUCGUGUCUGACGAGACAGACGCCAAAACUCUGAAUGACGUGCAGGACCGCUUCGAGGUCAACGUGGCCGAGUUACCAGAUGAGAUCGACAUCUCCACUUACAUCGAGCAGUCCAGAUGAGUCGUCACGUGACGUCAUGCCUGAGGGCCACCAGCUCCCCGUGGCUGUGACGUCGUCGCCUGGUUUCUGGAGGACGUGUCACCUGUUCUGUUUUAGACUGUAGCACCACCAUGACUUUUUUUUUUUUUUUUUUUUUUUUUUUAAAAGCUUUUUACUGUCUCUUUUCUCUGGGAUGGGAAGAAAGGAGGGGUGGGGCAUGUUUUCUUUUUAUUUGUUCCAAGUCCUCUAUAUUAUUUUUUUUUUUGUUUUAAAGGAAUUAAAAGGUUUUUAUACAGUUACCUUUUGCGGAGUUGUUGCUAUUUGCGUGUUUUACACGUCUUUUAUUAAAUAUAUCCCAGGAGACGUUUAUCACAGUGCUGUUAAAUCCUGAUCCCAGAAGGUUGGUUUAGUUUUCUAGAACAGCAGCACUGAAUGUAGUAGCACGUUUUGGUAAAUUUAGCGUUUUUAUAGCUAGGGUACUUGUACAGCAGACGUAAAUAAAUUGUUGAUGUUUUUGUUUUCUGUAAGGAGCUAAUAAUAAACUUGAGCAUGGAAGGAG